AUGGCGGCCCCCUUCCGUAUCUCGUCUCUGCUCUCCCGUCCUUCUUCCUUCGCAAGGACUUCACGCCAGUUACAAACUACUUCAAUCAAGAGAUGGGCCGUAUCGAGCAGCAGACCGAUCGCUCAAAGUCUUGCCAACACUGAAACGACAUCAUCGACCGCACACGAAGCUCUUCCGCCGCAAGCCUACAAACCUCCAACCGCUGGCCUUCUCUCCCAUCUCCCGCGCUCAUGGGUGCCGUACGCAGAGCUCAUACGCCUACAGAGCCCAGCCGGAACAUACUACCUCUUCCUACCAUGCUUGUUCAGCACCCUCCUCGCCGCUCCUCUCACCAAUCCCAUCGUCCCGCCUUCGACCGUCCUCUACACCUCAGGCCUCUUCUUUACAGGUGCUCUGAUCAUGCGUGGGGCAGGCUGUACUGUGAACGAUCUUUGGGAUCGAAACUUGGAUCCACAUGUUGCGCGAACUCGACUUCGGCCGAUUGCAAGAGGAGCCAUAUCAGUCAACCAAGCCAUCCCAUACUUAGGAGUCCAAUUGUUUGCGGGAUUGGCAUUACUGCUCCAGUUCCCCUUUGCGUGCUUCUACUAUGCCACACCGAGUCUGCUCUUCGUCGCCUCGUAUCCGCUUGCGAAACGCGUGACCAACUAUCCUCAAGCCGUUCUCGGUCUCACCUUCUCCUGGGGCGCGAUGCUGGGACCUCCAGCUCUUGGGAUCGAUUUGCUAUCGCACACUCCAGCCUUGGUCUCGGCAGCUUGUCUCUAUGGCAGCUGUGUAGCAUGGACAGUGGUGUAUGACAUGAUCUACGCCUACCAGGACAUUAAAGACGACGCGAAGGCUGGGAUCAAGAGCAUUGCAUUGGCGCAGGAGAAGAAUGCGAAAGCGUUCUUGAGUGCCGUGAGUGCGCUGCAGGUUGGAUUACUGGCUGGAGCAGGGAUAGCUGUAGGAGCAGGACCACUGUACUUCGUGGGAGUCUGUGGAGGUGCUACAGCUACACUCGGGUACAUGAUCAGAAAGGUCAACUUGAAGAGCGUGGAAGACUGUGCUGGGUGGUUCAGACGAGGUGCUUGGUUCACUGGGGGCGCAAUUUCGCUGGGGCUGUUCGGGGAGUAUCUGGCCCAGUAUCUGGGGUUGUGCGAGGAGGAUAAAGAGCAGGGGGCUAAGAGGACAUGA